AUUAUUUAUAAACCUUUACUCAAAUGAGCGAUACAUUUAUUGGAUGGGCAUGCACUGCCAAAGACAAACCCCUUAUUGAAAUGGAAUUAAAUCUUCGAGGAUGGGAUGACAACUGUGUCGAACUAGAUGUUACUCAUUGCGGUAUGUGCGGUACCGAUAUGCAUGCUUUGGAUGAAGAUUGGGGUCCCACAGAUUUCCCAUGCGUUGUUGGCCAUGAAAUUGUGGGUAUUGUUACCCGUAUAGGUAGAAAUGUCACAAACCUUACAGUUGGCGACCGCGGGGGAGUGGGACCAUUUGCCCAUUCUUGUCAUAAGUGUCAGACUUGUUUAGAAGGGCACGAGAACAUUUGUGAAAAUGGCUUUAUUGGCACUUACAAUGCUAAUUGGGAUAAUGGUGACAAAACUUAUGGUGGAUUUGCUAACAAAUGGAGAGGCGAUUAUCGUUGGGCCUUUAAAGUUCCUGAUAGUAUGGCCAGUGAAGAUGCCGCUUCCUUCUUUUGUGCAGGCAUUACUAGUUAUGCUCCUCUGAGAAAUAAUGGAGUCAAUGAAAAAAGUGUUGUAGGCGUUUUGGGAAUAGGUGGACUUGGUCAUUUUGGUAUAUUGUUUGCUAAGGCUAUGGGUGCUACAGUAAUUGCAUUGUCUCAUAACGAUAAGAAAAGAAAUGUCUGUAAUGAAUUAGGAUGUGAUGAUUUUAUAAACGUCAGCAACAAAUCUGAAAUGGCAAAGUAUAGGAAGAAACUAACUCACAUACUUGGUACUGGGAGUGGCGAGGACUUCAAAUGGGAGCCUUACUUUGAUCUCUUGCGAGUAAACGGAAUUUUCAUGAAUGUAAAUUCUCCUGGUGGGAACCUACCCGAGUUCAAUGCUAUUAAUUUUGUUCUUAGUCAAGUCAGCAUCUCAGGAUCUGCUGGUGGCUCUCCAACCGACAUGGAACACAUGCUUGAGUUUGCUGCCGAAAAGAAAAUAAAACCUUGGGUAACUAAAUACAAAAUGGCUGAUGUCAAUCAAGCUAUCCGAGAUUUUAGAGACGGUAAACCAAGAUUCAGAUUUAUUUUGGAAAAUUGAACGUUUUAUAAUAAACAUCGUAUUGUCUUUUACUCCC